UUGUAAAACGUAAUUGAUAUAUUGCUAGUCAAUCGUUUUUAUUAUAUCACAAAAUGAAGUUCAAUAUUGACGCUACCUCAUCUUACAAUAGCAUUCACCCAGCAUAUUUAUAUACUGAACGCUUCAACAACAAUGUGGAAACCUAUCACGAGGGAACUAAUUGGUUUGGUAUAUUUUUGGCAUUCUUGUCUGGGACAUUUUUCACCAUUAGCUCGGCUCUGGUUAAGGCGAUCAAAACUGUCGAUCCAAUGAUUUUGCUUGCCAUAAGAGCAGUUCUGCAAAUCACAGCUAUGGUUGCUGUCGCUUGCUACCACUCAAAAAAUUUAUUCGGACCGAGAGGGCAGAGACUGCUGGUUCAAUUUCAGGGCCUGAUCGGCGGCCUUACCUUAGCACUGCUCUAUUACAGCUUCAGAAAACUUCCCCUUGGAGAUGCAACGACCAUAAUAUUCAGUUCGCCUGUGAUCGUCAUUGCGCUCUCGUUUAUUUUCCUAAAAGAACCCUGUGGCCUAUUACGCGUUGUCGUCAUCUGCGCCUUAAUGCUGGGUGUCAUCUUAGUUGCAAAACCACCAUUUCUAUUUCAGAUGCAUCGAACGAUACCUUAUGACGUCAUGGGCUACGUUUACGCAAUCCUAGCAACGUUAUUUACAGCGUUGAACAUAGUUGUAAUGAGAAAGUGCAUGGAUGUACACUACUGUGUUAUAGUAUUUACGUUAUCGGUGUGGUCUCUUUUAACAGCAAUAUUUUUUUUCCUUGUAAUGUCUGAGAAUCACAAGUACAAAAUUGAUCUCCCUCACGACUGGUGGGAGUGGGGUCAAAUUACCAUUGUAGCAAUUUCAGGACUCUCUGGCCAGGUAUUAGUUGCCAAAGCAUUGAAACUUGAAGGAGCAGGAAAGGUUUCCGUCACCAGAUCCUUGGACAUAAUCCUAGCUUAUUUUGUUCAGGUCUACUUCUUCGGUGAAAUGCCUACUUCGACCAGUAUCGUUGGAGCACUUCUAGUCCUUUUAUCUGUAAUCUGUAUGGGAUUUGAGAAAGAAAUAUACGGUGUAUGCGACAUCAUUCCAUGAAAGAAGUCAUUUCCAAUGUUUUUAACAAUAUUGUUUUUUUGCUUUGUUCAUUCUACACGUGGCAGUAUGAAUAGUGUAUUUGCCUGACUCAUGAUAUUGCAUCAGAUGAUCCAUUGUGCGACUCAUUUACUAAGAAUUUGCAAAAUUCCAAAUGUUGUGAAUUAAAUUUAACCAUAAUAGAUUCAAUACAAAAUAUAAAUAUUAAAUUAAGUUUAGUUGGGUCGGAACUUGAGCAGGCUCAGGUAGUAACGUUUCCCUUUAUAAAAUAUGUAUCUGUUAAUGAUUUAUUCAAAUAAAAAUACAAUUACGACUAACGUUAAAUUGCACCACCUU